CCAGGCAGACCUCAGCAUCACCCAACUCCCGGCUCGGCAGAUGAGAAAACAGGCCCAGAGGGAGAUGUGACCCAAAUGACUGGACAAGAUGCAGCGGCUGUGUGUGCAAGCGCUGAUCCUGGCUCUGGCUCUGGCCGCCUUCUCGGAAGCCUCCUGGAAGCCCCGCUCGCAGCUGCAGGACGCACCCUCGGGCCCAGGGGCCAAGAGGGCCCUGGAGGCACGUUGGCCGGACCAGCUGGGCCCAGCCCCUCACCACCAAAGGCAGCUGAGGUUCCCGGAUCCCCCACGCCCGGUGGCAGACCUGUCCAAGAAGCAGGGGCCGUGGCUGGAGGAAGAGGAAGAAGCGUAUGGAUGGAUGGACUUCGGCCGCCGCAGUGCUGAGGAAGGGGACCAACAGCCCUAGCCACCUCCCAGCCCAGCCCAGCCCAGCCCCAUGGAAAACCAACCCAAAUAA